AUGUCCAACGAACUAGAUCCUCUUCAAGACGAAGAGGACGAGGCAGUUCGGUGCAUAUGUGGCUGCGAGGACUACCCCGGCCGCCCUCCCGUCGACGGCUCCGACGCCAACUUCCUCGCAUCGAUCGAACUCACAGAAGACGUUACUGGAUUUUUUGUGCAGUGCGAUAUUUGCAAAGUAUGGCAGCAUGGAGCUUGUGUCGGCAUCUUUAGUGCCGAGAGUUCUCCCGAAGAAUACUUUUGUGAGCAAUGUCGGAAAGAUCUUCACAAAAUCCACACAGCAAAUAAUGGACAAAAAUACUCCAAAUACCUACCUUUGAGUCGACCAGCUAGAACUGCAUCUCGAGCUACUUCCGUCGCCAAGGAUGGAGCGCGAUCACCGAGGUUGGGCAGUUCCAAAUCUGCUCGAUCCCAAUCGACGUCACACAUAUCCAAACGACGGUCUACGAUGAAUAGCCGCGAUGCCGCUUAUGACGAUGAACAGUUACGCCGAGCAAUUGAAGCGAGCAAGGAAGAAGUUGCCCAAGAUGGAACAGAAACUACGAAUAGGCGCACAAAACGGGGGCGCAGCAACAGUGAAGAGAAUAAUGUGAUUGUUAAACGGCAGCGCACAAAUUCGCAAUCCACCACACCGCCACCAAGACCAAUGGACACUAUUAGUCAAGAAAACACGGAUGACGAGAACGGCGGGCGCAAUGGAUUAAAACGACCCCGAACCUACAAAGUUACGGAGCGAUCAGAAAGAGAAGAAAAAGAUCGCCUACGGCAAGAAACUAUAAGUAAACGUAAAGGGCGGGCAGACAGGCGACGCACUGAAGAUUCCGACGUGUCAGAGGACGUGAAUCCCCUGUCUUCCAAGGCUCCCAAUAAUAGCGGUGCGGAAACGUCAGGUUUCGAAGACCCUACGCCUGCUGUACCAUCCCCUGUUCCAGGGACGCCUCCCGCAUCGCAUUCAUCUGCCGCAAAUUCGAAUAAACGAACGUCACGGAGCAAUCACAAAAAGGGCAAAGGAAAAAACCAAUAUACGAAAGACCGCACUACGGAUAUUGAACGGUCACCCGCACGAUCCGUAUCACGAGACACCCAGCGAGCCAAUAAUGCGACAACUGCUGCGCAUUCUAGACAUGUUGGAGACCACAAGAACAGUUCAAGGACAAAAAUAGGCAUGGCGGGGAAGAUGAGCAUGCUGGAUAUGAAACGACGGGUGGCCGCCAUCAUGGACUUUAUAUCAAGAACACAGGUUGACUUGGCGGCCGAGGCAGCAUUGGACCGAAGUAACAAUUCAACUCAAUCGCCGCUUGAUCCUACCAAGUCGCCAAUGGAAAAGGAUGCCAAGGAACAGCGCGACUCUCCUGAGUCCAAGGUCUUCAAGGAAUUGAGCUGCAUGGAGAUGAUGGACGUUCUUACGCGGGAUAUGGUUAAGUGGCAGAAUCAAUAUGCAUGAUAGGGAAUAUAGCUCUCUAUACACGUAUCAGGCGGAGAGUUUGCGUGCUAUGUCCAUGAAGGAAUGCUUGGGCUGUUUGAAUGGAAAUUUCUUUCGGGAAAAGGCGUUGGGAUAUAAUGGCUGUCAUCUGUUUAUUUUUUUUAUUACUGCACGGCGGAACAUGAGUGGAAAGCGCUGCUUUUAACUUUGGUUGGACCCGGUUCCUUUUCCUUUUCCAUUUCCUUUCCUUUUCUUUCCUUUUUCUUCCCUUCUUUCUUGAUUCCCUUGUGAUUUUCCCUGUCGCUUAGGCUUAGACGCAAAGUCUUCGUCGCCAGCUAUUUACGCGUGUCGAUGAGAUUGGUCUACCAAAUACUAUCAUGAUAGUCUAUAUCUUACAGCUUUUGCCAAUCAAAAGUGGUAUAUUGUUUUGAUGAA